AUGAAGUUUGGGCGCAACUUGCCUCGCAAUGUCGUUCCCGAAUGGAGCACUUCGUACAUCAGGUACAAGGCCUUGAAGAAACUGAUCAAAUCCGCGGCAGAAGAGGUGAAAGACGGCCGUGAAGCGGAUCUUGCGGAAUUCUUCUACUCUCUCGAUCGAAAUCUCGAGGAUGUCGAUUACUUCUACAACAAAAAAUUUGCGGACUUUUCCCGUCGGUUGAAGUUGCUGGAAGAGCGAUACGGCCAUUCCCUGCAUAAAGGGCAUGAGCUUGAUUCGGAGGAUGUGGAGGAUCUUCUGGCGGCGUUGCUCGAACUGCGCGGUCAACUGCGCAAGUUGCAGUGGUAUGGCGAAGUGAACCGUCGUGGAUUUGUCAAAAUUACCAAGAAGCUUGACAAGAAGGUCGGCGUCCAGGCACAACAGACAUACCUGGAGACUAAAGUGGAUCCGUCGCCUUUCGCCUCGAACGCAAGAGUCACCGAGUCUUUAAAGACAAUCAACGAUUGGCUCUCCGUGCUUGGAGACCAGAAGGUCUUUGAUGAUGCAAGCUCCACGAAAUCCUCGCUUUCCUUGAAGAAAGGACCUUCGCGACCCAACCUCAAUCUGCCCCCGAGCAUGCUCGCUGAGGUCGACGAGGCUUUGCGCAAGGAUGACACACAUGUUCUCCUGGAACUAAUGGAGACGCUGAAGAAAGCUGCGGAGGAUAUCGGAGAAACAGUCUAUCCCAAGGUCUUGAAAAGUCUUCUUCAGCGGUCCAUUCACUAUCGUUCCAAGGCGUGCAUUUCAGUCCUUCUUGGUCGAAUCGACUCGCUCGACGAGGAGGACGACAUCAAUAAGCGCAACUGUAUCCAUCGCUUGGUUAUUUCUAUCGGACGAGCGCAGUCGUCCACUGACUCAGAGUCGUCCGCCUCGAUGGUGCUUGAUUUUUCGCUGGAAACUUCUCAUUACAUCACCCCUGCUGCUCCUCCAACAAUGCAGCCACCCCGCUCAGUGGUAAAAGAGACGAACCAUCCUCAGCUUCUGGACAGAGACGACCCAUCGGUUUCACUUUUGCAGUUUAUUCUGGACGAACUCCAGCCCCAUCAGCGCGGCGCAUUGCUAGCCAAAGAUCUUUCUGGACGCACCCCUCUGCAUUAUGGUGCACAGUAUGGGUUCAAAGUGGUAUGCGAGGUCAUCAUUGAACAUCUGCAAGCUUGGGAUAUGUUUGAUGUUCGUGAAGGCAUUGAUGCACCGCUGUGGCAGGAUAACGAUGGCUGGGCUCCCUUGCACUUGAGUGUUGUUGGCGGUCACCCAUUGACGACCCGGGCACUCUUGGAGGCGGAGAACUGGCAGGGGGCUUCCGAGAAAAAAGCCUCCAUACGGAAGCACGUGUCGAAAUCCAGCGCGGUCUUGGCAUUAGCCACCAAGGCAAAUUUCGUCGAUAUAGUGCAACUCCUUGUGGAUGCGGGAGUCGACAUCAACUACCAGGAUGACCAGGGCGAAACCGCGCUGCAUGUGGCCGCUCGGUUUGGUCACGAUGCGUGCGCAAAGAUUCUGCUUGAGGGCACUGACAAUCAGAAGGCGGACACUGAGCUUACGGAAAAUACUUAUUCGUGGACGCCGCUUUUCGUUGCGUGCGUCGACGGAUCCCUGAGUGUUGUGGAGUUGCUCAUUGAAGCUGGCGCUAAUCUCGAGAGACUCGACUCUUCGGGCUGGAGUGCCAAGGAACAUGCUGCAUUGAGAGGCCAUCUUGAUAUUGCGAGACGUCUGGCACAAGUGACACCCGAACCCGAAGUAACGGAAGCUGAGCCUGCGAUACCCGUUCCUUCGGUGUCUUCUGUCCAAUCCUCCCCACCUUCGCAAUCUUCCCUUACCGAGAGACGAUCUAAUGUUAGCCCACGCGGGAGUCCUGCGCCGCGGAGCACUGAACCUAUUAAGACUUUUGGACAUCGGUAUCUCACCGACAAGGCCAUGAUUCUGGUCAGCUUGGGCACCAUGGACAUGCGAAAGCACAUGGAAGCAGUGAAUCUUGACCGUAUUCCUAUGGUUAACGCUCAUUCUACUCAAUUGGAUACGGCCCUGUCCAUCGUCGUAUCGGCCAAUGGAGCUGAAGGAGAGCCCGAGAUCAUUGAUCUUCCGGUUCAAGAUAACAUCUCUACCGAACCGAUCGUCUUCCAUGCUGCAGACCCAAGCAAGGUCAGGCUUCUGUUUGAUCUGAUCCCCACAUAUGCUGGCUCGAAGGAUCAGAUUGUAGGGCGUGGCGUUGCUCUGCUUUCGAGCGUCAAGCCGACGAUCGGAUCUCACCGUAUCAAUCUCAAAGGUGACUCCACGGUUCCCAUCAUGGCUGCCAACACUUUGGAAGUCAUUGGCUCCGUGACAUUCAACUUCCUUAUCAUUACGCCUUUCAAGCAUCCGAAUAUGUCGAUUACUGGCAACAGGACAUACUACAAGAGCAUGAGCUCGACCAUGGUUAUCGGACACCGCGGUUUAGGGAAGAAUUUGGCCAGUCGCAGAUCUUUACAGUUAGGAGAAAACACUUUGCCGUCUUUUAUUGCGGCUGCCAAUUUGGGAGCAUCCUACGUCGAGUUCGAUGUCCAGCUCACGAAAGACCAUGUUCCUGUCAUCUAUCAUGAUUUCCUUGUCAGCGAAACGGGGAUCGAUGCACCGGUUCAUACUCUGACACUUGAGCAAUUUCUUCAGCUGGGGGAGAGUGGCGUGUCCCGCC